CAACUUUCUCACGGAGCUGUAGUCACAGACACGUUCAGAGCAGCCUUCCCCACCUGCCUCGUGGCGUUCACUCCUGUGGGGUGGGCCCUGUUACUCUCAUCCCCGUUACAGAUGAGGAAACUGAGGCACAGCACUUAAGUGACUUGUCAUCGGUCACCCAGGAGGACUCCUGAGAGCAGCCUCCACGAGGCCCUGGACCAGUGCAUGACCGCCCUGGACCUCUUCCUCACCAACCAGUUCUCAGAAGCACUCAGCUACCUCAAGCCCAGAACCAAGGAAAGCAUGUACCACUCACUGACUUAUGCCACCAUCCUGGAGAUGCAGGCCAUGAUGACCUUCGACCCUCAGGACAUCCUGCUCGCCGGCAACAUGAUGAAGGAGGCACAGAUGCUGUGUCAGAGGCACCGGAGGAAGUCUUCUGUAACAGAUUCCUUCAGCAGCCUGGUGAACCGCCCCACGCUGGGCCAAUUCACGGAAGAGGAAAUCCACGCUGAGGUCUGCUAUGCAGAGUGCCUGCUGCAGCGAGCAGCCCUGACCUUCCUGCAGGACGAGAACAUGGUGAGCUUCAUCAAAGGUGGCAUCAAAGUUCGAAACAGCUACCAGACCUACAAGGAGCUGGACAGCCUUGUCCAGUCCUCACGAUACUGCAAGGGCGAGAACCACCCGCACUUUGAAGGAGGAGUGAAGCUCGGUGUGGGGGCCUUCAACCUGACACUGUCCAUGCUUCCUACUAGGAUCCUGAGGCUGCUGGAGUUUGUGGGGUUUUCAGGAAACAAGGACUACGGGCUGCUGCAGCUGGAGGAGGGCGCGUCAGGGCACAGCUUCCGCGCUGUGCUGUGUGUCAUGCUUCUGCUGUGCUACCACACCUUCCUCACCUUCGUGCUCGGUACUGGGAAUGUUAACAUCGAGGAGGCCGAGAAGCUCUUGAAGCCCUACCUGAACCGGUACCCUAAGGGCGCCAUCUUCCUGUUCUUUGCAGGGCGGAUUGAAGUCAUUAAAGGCAACAUUGACGCAGCCAUCCGGCGUUUCGAGGAGUGCUGUGAGGCCCAGCAGCACUGGAAGCAGUUCCACCACAUGUGCUACUGGGAGCUGAUGUGGUGCUUCACCUACAAGGGCCAGUGGAAGAUGUCCUACUUCUACGCCGACCUGCUCAGCAAAGAGAACUGCUGGUCCAAGGCCACCUACAUUUACAUGAAGGCCGCCUACCUCAGCAUGUUUGGGAAGGAGGACUACAAGCCGUUCGGGGACAACGAAGUGGAAUUAUUUAGAGCUGUGCCAGGCCUGAAGCUCAAGAUUGCUGGGAAAUCUCUACCCACAGAGAAGUUUGCCAUCCGGAAGUCCCGGCGCUACCUCUCCUCCAACCCUAUCUCGUUGCCAGUGCCUGCUCUGGAAAUGAUGUACAUCUGGAACGGCUACGCUGUGAUUGGGAAGCAGCCGAAACUCACGGAUGGGAUACUUGAGAUUAUCACUAAGGCUGAAGAGAUGCUGGAGAAAGGCCCAGAGAACGAGUACUCAGUGGAUGACGAGUGCUUGGUGAAAUUGUUGAAAGGCCUGUGUCUGAAAUACCUGGGCCGUGUCCAGGAGGCCGAGGAGAAUUUUAGGAGCAUCUCUGCCAAUGAGAAGAAGAUUAAAUAUGACCACUACUUGAUCCCAAAUGCCCUGCUGGAGCUGGCCCUGCUGCUUAUGGAGCAAGGCAGAAACGAAGAGGCCAUCAAACUCUUGGAAUCUGCCAAGCAAAACUACAAGAACUACUCCAUGGAGUCAAGGACACACUUUCGAAUCCAGGCAGCCACACUCCAAGCCAAGUCUUCCCUAGAGAACAGCAGCAGAUCCAUGGUCUCAUCAGUGUCCUUGUAGCUUUGUGGAGCAGUUCCAGGCUGGAAGACAAACAGAGACAGCUGGACAGGGCUCCUGAAAACAUUUCAAAAUAUCCCCUCCUCCUGCCCUGCGUUCGGGGUCCACCGGCGCUCCAGUUGGAUGGCACAACAUGGUGUAUCCGUGUAGAAGCCGAGCUGGCAUUUUCACCAGUGUGGCCAAGGGCCUUUGCCAAGGGCAGAGCAGGUGGAGCUCUCUGCCUGCCCUAUCACACAUACGGGUACUUGCUUUUCACUGUGAUGUUUAAGAGAAUGUAUGAACAGUUUACAUUUUCCUUAGAAAUACAUUGAUGGGAUCACAGUUGGCUUUAAAAACCAACAACAAUGAACCACCUGUAAGUCUUUGUCUUCACCUAUUAUCAUCUGGAGGUAAAUCUCUUUAUAUGAUGAUGCCAAAGGGCAAAUUGCUUUUCAAAUUCAGCAAGUUCUCAGCUUGUGUGACAGAAGGCCCUUCAGAGGACCUGAGGAAUGCCUGGGAGAGGCUAAGCCUCAGGCUUCAAUGCUUCUGGGGUUGGGCACCAGGAUGCACACAGACACCCACUACCUUACUACUCACACUUCAUUUCACUCCUUUUGUAAAUUUCCAAUUUAAAAGUCAAGCACGUCUUUUUAGUGAGAUAAAAUCUGAGCUCUUCUGUAGAAAAAUCAAUCUCUACCAGUAGGAAAUGCCAGGGCUUGAUGGAAGAGCUGUGUGGCCCUUUCUAAGCCAAAGCCAGGAAGUUUGGGGGCAGGAGGAGGUUCUCAGAAUCCAGUCUGUAUCUUUGCUGUAUGCCAAACUGAAACCACUGGGAAUAAUUUAUGAAACAUAAAAAUCUUCUGUACUUCACUCCAAGGUACAUUUGCUUACUGACAGCAUUUUUCUUAGAACUGUUAUUCUUGA